UGUUAUUGAGGUGAGGCGAUUGGUUGUGUGAGGGGUCUGAUCGUGUCGCUCGACUCGCUCCGCCCUGAGAUCAGACAGGAAGUGAAUGGAGACAGACUGAGAACAGGCCAGAGUUUCAUACACACACUUGCAUGAAAUAAACUCGUGAAAUAUCAGCUGAGCACGCCACUCAACAGCACACACUACAGAACACAGCACGGCACCUCUGAAGCGCGGCAGACGGAAGAAACUGCUCGGAAGAGAUGAGAUGGACGCUUUACUCUUCUAAACUAGUUUAACUAGCUCUACACGCGAGGAGAAACGUGCUGUUUACUGCAGGUCAUGGAGAGUGCGGUGCAGUACGAGCCGGUGGCAGAGAUCGGCGGCGGCGCUUACGGGACCGUCUACAAGGCUCGAGAUAGAGACAGUGGGCAGUUUGUGGCUCUGAAGAGUGUGAGAGUGCAGACCAAUCAGGAUGCACUUCCCAAACCAACCGAGCGAGAGGUGGCGCUACUCAAACGACUCGAGCAGUUCGACCAUCCCAACAUCGUCAGGCUGAUGGACGUGUGCGCCACACUAAGAACAGACCAGGAAACUAAAGUGACUCUAGUGUUUGAACACGUGGAUCAGGACCUCAGGACGUAUCUGGAGAAAGUGCCGGCACCUGGACUGCCCAUAGACCGGAUCAGAGAUUUGAUGCAGCAGUUGCUGUGUGGUCUGGAGUUCUUGCACUCGAAUCGAGUUCUCCAUCGGGACCUGAAGCCGGAGAACAUCCUGGUGACAAGCAGAGGGCAGGUGAAGCUGGCUGACUUCGGUCUGGCCCGGAUCUACAGCUGCCACAUGGCGCUCACACCGGUGGUGGUGACGCUGUGGUAUCGCUCUCCUGAGGUGCUGCUCCAGACCACUUACGCCACGCCGGUGGACAUCUGGAGCACCGGCUGCAUCUUCGCUGAGAUGUUCAGACGCAAACCUCUCUUCUGUGGAGAUUCAGAGGUGGACCAACUGGGCAAGAUUUUUGGGGUGAUCGGCCUGCCGGCUGAAGACGAGUGGCCCACUGAUGUCACUCUGUCCCGGCAGAACUUCAGCCCUCAAACCCCUCAGCCAAUCACAGACUGCGUUCCUGAGAUCAGCGAGAAGGCGGCGGAGCUCUUAUUGGAAAUGCUGACGUUCGACCCAUUGAAACGAAUCUCUGCACUGAAUGCUUUGGAACAUCCAUUCUUUAGCGAAUGAGUGCUUUAUUCCCUUUAUUCACUGCAGUUUGAGGUCACAGAUGCAGCCUGGACCGUGAAGAGCAUUUCCCACCAUAGGGCUGCGACGACACAUCGAUGCAGAACCAAUACGUGGCUCGAUUCUGAGAUUUCCGAAUGCAUCGCUAUUCUCUCUGGAAUCGAUUCUUAACUUAGUUUUUAACAGCAGAUGGCGCUCUACUCUAGUUUUUAUCUGCACACUCAAAUGCUCACGAAGAAGAGCGCUUGUGCGUUCGGCUGAGUCUGUAAUUUCACCUCGGCUCAGAAUGCUUUUUUAUGAUGCCAGAUUAAUGUAAACACAGCCCACUGUGAACACUCUUGUAAUUCGCUUCACCUUUUCGAAUUUUAUGAAUGAUUAUUUUAGGUUCAAGUGUGUGUAAGGAUUUGGAAACAAGCAGAGUACGGCUGUUUCUAAGGCAUGCAGCGCCAUCUGCUGUUCAAAACUAAGCUCAGAAUCGAUUUGAGAAAGAAUCGCGAUGCAUUCGUGAAAUCUCAGAAUCGAUGCCGAAUCAUUUCUCGAUUCGCGAUGCAUCGAUUUCUUCCCACCAGCCCUAUUCCACCACAU